CUGUGACGCAGGGCGCCUCUGGAUUCUCACGUGCUCUGAGGAUGCGAGGUCAUUCUGUGUGACGUGUCAGUGUGAGCGGACUGUCACCACCGCACCGACCGGUGUCACUCCACCCGCCGGCUGCCGCCGCUACACACCUCGGUGCCCCCAGUCCGGCCGACCUCGACGCAAACCGCCGGAAAAUGGCCAAAAAGCGACGGGAGAGACGAGAGGCCGACGGCUCGUCCUCGUCCCAGGACGAGGCGAGGGCGACCGGUAGCGACUCCCGGGCACUGAGGGAGGUUCAACAUAGUGCAGGUGGCUCAGCGCGCAUGUCGCUCCUGAUCCUGGUAUCUAUCUUCACCUGCGCUGCCUCAGUCAUGUACCUGGUCUACAGGAACUUCCCGGAGCUUCCUGAUGAUGAAAUGGAGAAAAUCAAGAUCCCUAAAGACAUGGAUGAUGCCAAAGCUUUGGGAACCGUGUUGUCCAAAUACAAAGACACCUACUACACUCAAGUGCUGGUGGCCUACUUUGCAACAUAUGUUUUCCUCCAGACAUUUGCAAUACCUGGAUCUAUCUUCCUCAGCAUCCUGUCUGGAUAUCUUUACCCUUUCCCCCUGGCUCUUUUCUUAGUUUGCUUGUGCUCUGGCCUUGGUGCUUCCUUUUGCUACAUGCUUUCAUAUCUGGUGGGCAGACCUGUGGUCUAUAGAUAUCUCACAGAGAGAGCACAGAAAUGGUCACAGCAGGUUGACAAACAUAGAGACCAUUUAAUCAAUUACAUCAUCUUCCUGAGGAUUACCCCCUUUCUUCCCAACUGGUUCAUCAACAUCACUUCGCCUGUCAUCAAUGUGCCUUUGGGAGUUUUCUUCAUCGGUACCUUUCUCGGAGUGGCACCGCCAUCCUUUGUAGCGAUCAACGCGGGUACGACACUGUACAAACUGACCACAGCUGGCGAGGCCGUGUCCUGGAACUCACUGGCGGUGCUCGGUGUCCUCGCCGUGCUCUCCAUCUUGCCUGUCUGCUUCCAGAAGAAGCUGCAGCAGAAACUAGAGUAGAGCACUGCAAACACCUCAGAACCUCAUCUCCUGGCUGAUCCCAACACCCACUUCCCUCGGGCUCAGGAACAUCCAGCUGUCAUCCAAGUCGCUGCCUGGGGCUGGUUGGAGAAUCUCCACCCACUGGCACAAGCACUCAGUGACUUCAGAACGCAUGCAGUGGUGGGUCGUUCUUGGUGUAGAGUAAAGUUUAAACUUGCCGCUCCUUGCACAAGUUUUUUUUGGGGGGGGGUUCUGUGAAUUAUAUUGUUGACUGUGGCACAUUUUGUUAUUCAGAGCAAUUUCAUUUUUUGUUUAUAAUCAAAUUACUGCUUAUUAUCAUAUGAUUCUUGUCAGACAAUUAAAGGUGCUACUUGUAGGAUGUUGUAAACACAUUAUUCUGAUACUUGGAUUGAAAUAAUGUAGGUACCAGUUGUUUCAUACAUCUUACUUUUUAUGGGGCCUACUGUUUUACUUUUCUUGCUAGAAACUGCUAAAAGCAAUGUCAUCAGUAACUUUUUCCCUCUGGCAAUAGCGUACAAAUUACUUCAUCCUAGUUGUAGCACCUUUUUAAAAAAUCCACCUCCCUCUUUUAAUAUUUGUUUUGACAUGUUUGGGUCAAAUUUAAACCUAAUGAAGUGAACCACCACAGCAGUAACUGUCACGCUUCUAUUGAAAGUGGGUUUUCUGAAGUAAAUUUUUAAAAAACCUGGUGCUAGUCUUGGCACAUCUAUGCAGCGUAAGGGGAGGAUGAAACUGCGGUGAAGAAAAUGUUGGUGAGUUCCCAUGAUCGUUCUUGAGGUGCCUGGAUCCACUGCCACAACGCUGUUUUUAGUUUUACCCACUUCUUCAUAUUUUCAACCUUUUGUACUGUGACUUGUGAAGAAAAGACUAAGAUUAUGUAAAAUUUCUACAAGAAUGCCGAACACAAAUAGAUUUUUUUUUUUUUUAUUUAAACAGUGACUACUUAGUACGUCAACGCAACAGAUGUUUGUGUAGUAAGAUGCACAAAAUUGACAAAGUAACUCUAAUUUUGGCCUCUGAUGAUAUGCGAUAGUGAUAAAAAUGUACACAAUUGUAGGUGUGUGUGUUCAGAUCGUGUGUAUUUGUCUCCACUCCAUGAUAUUGUUUGCUAUGCCAGAAUGGAACUGCAGAUGUCCAAGUGUCCUCAAUAAGAUGGAAGUAUCCCAGCCUUACCUUGUUUUUAAUACUGCUUCCAUCCUCCACCAGGAGAAAGGUAUUCUGAUGUCUGAUUCAUGAUCGUUCUUUACAUCAACAUGGCUAAUUUUGUCCUGUGCAAUGAAAGAUUACUGAAAUGUUUUUUUUUUCCUUUGUUGCCUGUGUAAACAUUGUAACUUAUUGCUGUUGCUUAAAAUACUUUCAGGACAGUCACCAGAGAUGUUAAUGCAGUGAUUGUACAUGGAAGUAAAUCUUUUAUUAAAUCUCUUAAAAUUGCAUAUAUUUAUAGAGGUAGUUGGUUUGGCGCAUUUUGAAAUUUCCUGUUUUUACAUCUUGUUUUUAAUGUCUUAAUACUCAACAGACUUUCUGUGUCCUACUGUAACAUUAUUAACAUCUCCACAAAAUAAGCAUCAUGUUUUUGUUGAACUUCAGUUCUAUGUCUUAACAAGAACUGCCUUCAUGUAGCAGGAAUUAAUGCUGCAUCAAAUACUCUUGUGUUCUUAUGGUUCUUACUGGUUUAAUAAGGAACUACUUUUGUUCACCAGAAGUUCAUUGUUAUCGUGGAAAUUGCACCUUUGUGGUUAAGUCAAUAACUAAAUACUACAAACAGGCCCUUAAUGUUUUUCCUUUCCUUUUAAUUUAAUGAAAGCUAGAUGAUCUUCAUGUUACUCCAUAUUAUUAAAUUUGCCAACAAAAGAAAGAUGGUAGCUUUCAAUUCAAUAUUUUCCCUUUUUGCUAAAAUAUUUAAACUUAAACCUUUCCUGGACAUAAUGCUUUGAUAUUUUAUUGGUGUUUUUUGUCCUCUUACCCUAUCGAAGAUGCUGUGAGGCAACUCUUGUGUAAACCUCUGUUAACAUUUCAAAAAGCAGUAUUAUUUUGUACUGAGCAGUGAUGUCUUGCAGUAUGAAGUGUUUACGGAUUGCACAUUUAUGUCUUAUCUAAUCUAAUUUAUGUUGUUUUUAUAUUUAUUGAAUCAUUAAAAAUUAUUUUGUAGAAAAUA